CAGUCAAAGAAAAGUAUUCUUCCGGGAUAAACAAGGGCACGCUGUUGUGUUGAAUAACUAUCCUUGUUGUAAUGUGACUAAGUUUGCCAAAGCUGCACAUCUACAGAGCCAACAACUUCAUGGCGAAUCCUUCCCAUGUAUCAAGAGUUUGCUCUUUGUACAAGAGGAUUCUACUGUUGCACCGGUUCCUGCCCAUUGACUUGAGAGCGCUGGGAGACCAGUAUGUCAAAGAUGAAUUCAGAAGGAACAAAACGGCGGCGCCCGAGGAGGUCACUGUCUUCAUGAGGGAAUGGGGGAACUACCGUGACACCUUGCAGACCCAGGUGCUGGCGUCUGCAGGGGACCGUGUGAAGAAGGUGGCCUUUGGAGCAGAGCUGUCCGAGGGGGAUCUCAAACUGUUCGAGGACGAGCAGGUGGGACAGCUGUAUGAGCUGAUGCUGGAGUCCACCAAGCCCAACAGACAGUUCGACAUCCAGGAGGAAGGAUUCAAGAAGUGAAGGGGUAGACAGGAUACUCCCAUACUGAACAGAGAGGGUGCAUCUCAAUAGUUUAAAGUGUCUCUUUCCUUGUCUACUCUCCUUCAUAUACAUAGUUUUUCAUUGAACCUGUAUUUUUACAGGACUUGUUAGUCUCAUUUAGUCACUUAUUCAAGAGACGCUUCAUUUCACACAGUGGACACCCCACAGAUAUGUCCAGUUCAUCAGUCAGAUGAAGAAAGGUGAUGAGGAAGGAAUAGAAUCACCAGGAAUUCAGCAAAAAAAUAUUUUAAUUCUGGAAAUUUGUUCCCAAGUAUUCCCACAGAUAUAAAGAGAGACAUAUGUGAUGGUCUCAAUGUAAUCAAGGUAUGAAAUGUUUGUUAUUUUCAAAUAGUCUGUUUUUUAGCUUGCUUUUGGUUAAUUUGCAGUGUACAAAUUACAAAAAUCGGCCUGCGGUUGAAUCUAGUUGCCUACCCCUGCUUUAGACUAUUGACAUGGAGCCAGGGAGAAGGGUAAGGGAUGUGUGACUCAGACUUGCCGCAAAAUCUGAGGUAGUCUGACUGGGACACCUCAGAAGAAACUAACUGUACUCUAACUCAAGGCCCGAAUGAAAUGGAUGCUUUUAGGGAAUGUUGUAAUUAUAUUAAAGUACUGUCUGUGAAAUAAAAAUACUACUGAUCAG